AUGCCACUGCGCCGGUCCCACUCGAAAUCACAUCAUGGUUGUGCCCAAUGCAAGCUGCGCCGGAUCAAAUGCGACGAGGCACGUCCAGUGUGCAGUUCUUGUCAUAGGAAGCAAUUGCCAUGUGCCUAUGAGAGUCUUCCUCCCCCGCCCUCUCUGGUUGCCGAAGCUCCUCCGACGGAGCGAUGCGCAUAUACCCUCCCUCUCCAAGAGUUGGAGCUGUUACAUGGUUGGCAUACGACAACCGCUGCAUCUUUAGCGAGUGCGGAGCCGCUGCAAGGGAUUUUGCGCACUGUCAUACCCCAAGAGGGACUGUCACAUCCGUUUCUCCUUCACGGUAUCCUGGCUAUUUCUGCACUGCACCGAGCGCAGGCCGUACCAGCAUCCGACGACAGGCGACAGAAAUACAUCGAUACCGCCAUGGCGCACCAUCGAAGCUCCUUGGUAAUGUGUGGUCAAGUUCUCGAUAACAUCACACGUGCCAAUUGCCAUGCUCUCUUCGGCUUCUCUUGUCUGGUGCCUGUGUUUGUGGUCGGAGCUCACAGAAAGACCCGGAGCCCAACCCCAGUCCAGGAUAUCACUGACGUGGUUGAAUCAUUCAAACUCAUCCGAGGGUCGGCGUCUGUCGUGGACCGCGCCCGACCUUGGAUUGAAGAAGGCCCAUUGCACCCUCUACUCCGCGUAGGUCGUUAUCACCAGGAACUGACGGGGGCCGCAAAGCAGCAAGCGGCGGCAUUGGCCUUCAGAAUCCAGUCGAUCAUGGGAACCAUGCCAGAGAUCCUGUUGGAAUCAUGCGUUCGCACCUCUCUCGGUAGCCUCCUACAUAUGCUGCAGAUCUGGCUGGAGACUGGCGACGAGCGUGCGGUUAUGGCCUGGCCAGUUCAGACGGAUUCAUUGUACUUCGACUUGCUGCUCCAGCAAGACCGGGCUGCUGUAAUUGUCUUGGGACUGUUUGGUCAUGUUUUGAGUAUUAUUCCAAGGUAUUGGUGGUUUGAAGGAUGGGCUAUGUAUUUGGUAGAGCUCUGUGGAGACUGUCUAUCACCGACUGAUCGAGCGAUGCUUGCGGUGGACGUAGUAUGA